AUGGCAUCUACAAUCAUGAGAAUAUUCACGGCUUUCGGCCCUCCAAAAGCAGAAAAGCAAAGCGGUGCUAUUCGUUUUGGAAUCUUGGGCGCGGCCCAAAUAGCACCUCUCGCAUUGAUUACGCCCGCUCUAUCUCAUCCAGAGGUAAUAGUACAAGCAAUAGCAGCAAGAGACUAUACCCGUGCCUCUGAAUUUGCCAAAAAGCACAACAUUCCCGAUGUUCGCACAUCCUACGAUGAAAUCCUCGAAGAUCCCAACAUCGACGCAAUUUUUAUUCCUCUCCCUAACAGCCUCCAUUUUGAAUGGGCAGUCCGCUCCAUUCGCGCUGGAAAACACGUUCUCCUCGAAAAACCAUCAGCCUCUAACGCAACCGAAGCUUCAAUCCUCUUCAACCUCCCCGAACUCAAAGCCCCAAAUGCCCCGACUCUCCUCGAAGCAUUUCAUAACCGAUUUCAUCCUUCAAUUCACAAAUUCUUAUCUUUCAUCACUUCCUCAGAUGUCGUGCAUGUCCACACCGAUUCAAUGAUCCCAUGGUUAAUGCUAGAUAAAGAAAACAUAGCAUUCAACUACAAGCUCUCCGGCGGUAGCAUGAUGAUGCUCGGAACAUACAAUUUUGGCAUCACUCGGAUGAUCUUCAACGAUAAUCCUGUUGAGUGUCUUUCUUGCGAACCGGGUACAUUCGGUGACGGGAUCCACGACCAGUGCGAUACGGAUUUCAAGGCGAAAUUCCGAUUUCCGAAUGGUGGUAUCGCUGAAGCGAGUACUACGAUGCGAGGAUCUGUGCUGUGGAAGCCAUCUGAGGCUCGUGUUACGCAUAGAGAAGUAAUUGUUGAUGAUAAGGCGAUUCUGGAAACGCAGGAGAAGGGUUGUACUCGGAUUGUCACGUUGCAUGGGUUUAUACAUUCUUUUAUUUGGCAUCGAAUUGAUGUUCAGGAUACUUUUGUUAUUCGGGAUAAGAGGUAUCGGAGACCAGUGAAAAGCUGGACGGAGUCUAAGUCGUAUAAGGCUUAUAGUUAUAAGGAGGCUGGGGGUGAGUUUGCAGAGCUUCCGGGUGAGGAUUGGUGGAUGUCUUAUCGGUAUCAGCUUGAGGAGUUUGUGAAUCGGGUGAAGGGGCGAGCUACGCAGUAUUGGGUUGAGGGGGAGGAUUCAUGGGAUCAGAUGAAGAUGAUUGAUAUGGCGUAUGAGAAGAGUGGACUGGGAUCGAGGCCGACUAGUGAGUUCCGGUGA